CUCUCUUUCUAACCAAACUCUGCCACCCUUUGCAGAAGCAUCUCUCUUAGGCCAAAAUUAGGUCCUUAGGAUCUUUAUUUCUACUUUAAUUCCCAUACUACCUUCAACAAAUCUUUCCCUUUUUGCCCUCUCCUCUUCUCCUUUUCUACUGCCCUAAUCUUCUUCAUUAUCUCAAAUCAAAAACAUAAUCACUUAUUUUUUUCCCAAUUUAGAAAAUUUUAGCAAUUUUUUUUCUCUAUUUUUUCACAUAAUUCAGCUCAAGCCCAAAAAAAGUAUUCCAUAUUUAGAAACUUUUAAUCAAGAUUUAGUUUUGGUGGGUGGGUUAGUACUAUUUCUUAUCUAGUGUGAAAUUUGGAUUAAGGAAUCUGGAGAAGGUAAUGUCAGAGUUUAUUGGGAUCAGCAUUCACAGAAAGUUUCAGCUUUUAAAUUUCUGACUCUAUUACCAAAUUAAGAGCAUCUACCACCAAAUAAAGAGUUCAAGAUUUUCUUGAUUUUAGGCCUGCAAAAUUUCAAGAAUUGUAAAAAUUCAAGAAAAUCAAGAAAAGCACCAACUUUUAAUAAAAGAAAAUGCAAAACCUAGACAAAAAACAACCAUGAAAGGCGGCGCCGGAGGCGAAAUAGUUCAAGUUCAAGGCGGUCACAUUGUUCGGUCUACUGGCCGAAAAGAUCGACACAGCAAGGUUUACACCGCGAAAGGUCCGAGAGACCGUCGGGUUCGAUUGUCUGCUCAUACUGCAAUACAAUUCUAUGAUGUUCAAGACAGGCUUGGUUAUGAUAGACCUAGUAAAGCUGUUGAUUGGCUUAUAAAGAAGGCGAAAUCCGCCAUUGAUAAGCUUGCUCAGCUUCCGCCAUGGAAUCCAAUUGAUAAUAAUGAUGGUAAUGUUGUUGGUUCUAAUGAAUUGGGGAAUAUUGGUGACCAGUCAGAAUCGUCAGGGUAUAAUUUUCAUAAUCCAAGUAAUGAUUCAUCCAAUUUUAUUGCACCAAAUUCUGAUGCUAUUCCUGAUACGAUGAAGUCUUUUUUUCCGACAAGCUCGUCGAAUUUAAAUUCAUCGAUGAAUUUCGAGAGUUAUCCGACCGAUAUAAUUUCAAGAAAUGUAAAUUAUCAUAGCCAAGAUCUUGGUUUAUCACUUCAUUCUUUUCAAGAUCAAGGUUUAGGUGAUCAUCAUGAUCAUACUAAUUCAAAUAAUCACAAUCUUUUUGCAAAUUCAGCUUAUGAGUUUCAAAGAAUUAUGAGCGGGGCAGGGGGCGGGGGCGGUUUUUCGUUUAACCACCCGUCACUGCCGACGCAACAAGCGCUGCUCGGUCAAGACUCGUCAGCAUUAAUAUCUCAGCGGGGAACCCUUCAGUCCACUUUUGCGCAUUCGGUUCGACCUUGGAAUGAUCUAUCAAUGGCAUCAUCAGACCACCAUAGGCCACAGGAUUUUAGUCAGUCUUUCAUCUUUGGUAGUAGAUUUGAACCUCAGGGAUUGGCCGGCGGAGGCUACAGUAUUCCGGCGAGAAUUCACGGAGAGGAAGAACAAAUUGCUGUCUCAGAUAUGCCUUCUUCUUCUGAUUCUCCUAAUUCUCAGCAUUGAUUGAACAAAUGUCCAGUUCUUGCUUAUCUAUAAGGUUUUGAAGUGUCUCUUCUAUUCUUCUACCUAUGUCUCCUCUUUGCCGCAGCAGCCGCCUCUACCACCAAUUACGGCUGCCGUUCAUCGGAAUGAGGCUGUUUUCAAUAAUGAAUUUUGAAUUCUACCCACCUCAAACAGCAAGAAGAGGAGGCUGCUGAUGUUAGAGGUAUUAAUUUCUAAUAAUAAAAGGCAAUCUAGUCUAUUGUUGUUUUGGUAAAUGUUCAGUAAUUAUUAUUCAAUUUGGAAAUAUUUGAUUGUUUAAUUUAUUGGGUAUUUUAAUGUAUUCUGUUAUAGAUAAUUGCAUGUAGUUAGUUUGUUGUGUUGGAUAAUGAUUUAUGUAGAAUUGUUCUUCUGUUGUUAUAAUUGAUGUUAUUAUAAUUGAGAUAUGUCGUGGUUAGCUUUUCUAAUGUGUUGCUGACUAAGCGAGCAAAGAAGGAUGGUACUGUGCAAAUAUGGUAAGCUUUAUUUGAUUACAUGGAGUUCUGAAUUUUUAGUGGUUCAUAGUUCAUAAUUCAAAUUAGUUUGAUGUUUGAUGUAGCCAUGUAGGUACCUGUUAAUUUGAUGGAUCAUAGUUUAUAAUUGUAUAUCUAUUAUUUAACCGAUGCAUAUUUAUUGUUUGAUAAAAUGUCACAGAGAGUGCAUGAGGAACAGAGUGGUAGAGAAAGCAAAACUUAAUAACCCUUUUUUGUGUUGUUUAAUGUGAAAAUUGUAAACAAUUUAUGGUUUUCCUCCCUCUAUCUCCUUCACUAUAUUAUUUUUUACUAAAUAGUUUCUAACAGUUCACUAAA